GCGCAUGCAAGCACUCUGAUGAUUCAUUUGCGGGAACAUUUGGCAUCGGUAAGGUCUGCUGUCACUGGAACAAUUGGCGUAUUCUUUGUUAUUUGCUCGGAAAUCCACGGAUUAAUGAAGCAGUUGCAAUAGAGAGCCCCAACCAGGUGACAAGAGCGCGGUUUCUUGGAGUAAGCAGUCUUUGACUACCGACAGUGGAACCACAUCCUCAUCAUUUGAUGGCCGGUCCUUGUGUAUUGAUUCUCAUGCUAAAUGCACUGGCAGCAAGUCGGCUGUAGAGGAAAAUAUAUGCAGAACCAAUACAGAUGAGUCUCUGAUAGAAGGUAGCACGUUUGGAUUAUACGAUGUCGCAUUCACACAAGGAUGAACUUUAUGUGGGACCAUAUCGACUGGAAAAGACCCUCGGAAAAGGCCAAACAGGUCUGGUGAAGCUUGGCGUCCACUGCAUGACCGGCAAGAGGGUGGCCAUCAAGAUAGUCAACAGAGAGAAGCUCAGCGAGUCCGUCCUCAUGAAGGUUGAAAGGGAGAUUGCCAUCAUGAAGUUAAUAGAACACCCGCAUGUACUUGGAUUAUACGAUGUUUAUGAGAACAAAAAAUACCUGUACCUCAUACUGGAGCAUGUGUCUGGUGGGGAAUUAUUUGACUACCUCGUCAAGAAGGGCAGACUAACACCAAAAGAAGCUCGGCGAUUCUUCCGACAAAUAAUCUCAGCACUUGACUUCUGUCAUAGUCACAAUAUCUGUCACAGAGAUUUGAAACCAGAGAAUUUACUACUAGAUGAAAAAAAUAACAUUCGAGUUGCUGACUUCGGUAUGGCAUCAUUACAGGUGGAAGGGUCCAUGUUGGAAACAAGUUGCGGAUCUCCGCACUAUGCCUGUCCAGAGGUUAUACGGGGAGAAAAAUAUGAUGGUAGAAAAGCAGACGUGUGGAGCUGUGGAGUGAUAUUAUAUGCUCUACUAGUGGGUGCUCUGCCAUUCGAUGAUGACAACCUCCGUCAAUUAUUAGAAAAAGUAAAAAAAGGCGUGUUUCACAUUCCACACUUUGUACCUCCUGAUUGUCAAAACUUGCUGCGAGGCAUGAUAGAGGUUGACCCAGAGAAACGCCUACAUCUUGAAGAUGUCAUGCGACACCCCUGGGCAAUUGCGGAGACAAUGGGGCAUAUAGAGUUAGAAUUACCUGUCACACAAGUAGUCCAGACCUCCGUUAUACCCACAGUAGAAGACCUUGACCCCGAUGUGCUUUCAACAAUGAACUCUCUACAAUGUUUUAAAGAUAAAGACAAACUUGUAGAAGAACUCAUGAGUAUAAAACAUAACACAGAGAAGGUGGUAUAUUUCUUGCUGCUGGACCGAAAACUCAGGAAUCCUAGUGUAGAAGACGAUGUGGAGAUUAGGAGUAGGUCGGAAUCAGCCGACCCCCCCAGGAAACGAGUGGAUGCAGUCCAGUUUAACGGACAAGCCAGACUUUCACUGGGCAAUAUAAGUGAAGGGUCGCCUGUUGCCUCACGGAGAGCCCUCGCGGUGCAGCAAGUAAAGGCCAAUCUGAGCGGUAGCCCUAACAACUCUCCCCUGUCCAGCCCGAAGCUGCCCCACCGAGGCACCACGCCCACCCACAGCCCUUCGGCCACGCCCCCCAGCUCCCCCGGGAUCCAGACCACGCCCUGGAAAUCAAGGUUACAUACGAUAAAGAACAGCUUCCUGGGCUCUCCGCGGUUCCAUCGGCGGAAAAUGCAAGUUCCGACGUCAGACGAGAUAUCCAUGACUCCAGACUCCUCCCCUGAACUGGCCAAGCGGUCGUGGUUCGGUGGUCUCAUGGGCAUGGAGCAGGAACACCACUUCAUGAUGGUUCGCGACAAGACCUUCAGCCAGGUCAAGGCAGACCUGGUCCACGCAUUCCUAUCUACUUCAGAUCUCAGCCACAGUGUGGUGUCUACGUCCACGUUCCGGGCGGAGUAUCGUCGUGGCGGCAGCUCCUCCAUGUUUUCCAGGAAUGUCCGCUUCCAGGUUGACAUCAGCCCGGCGCCCGGUGAGAGGGACAGCGCCAACGCCACCAGCUUCUGUCUCACAUUCACUCUAGUCUCAGGUCCAUCCCGGCGUUUCCGACGUGUGUGCGAACACAUCCAGGCGCUCAUGUCAGCGCCGCGAGGGGAGAACAACCGGAAAAUCAGCACAGACAGCACGGCGUCCUACUCCUCCGACCACACCCCACCCUCCUACUGUACAGCAGCCAAAGAGAACGGAGAAGAAGAUCCAUUAGACAAGAGACCUCCAUUACCUCCACGUAGACAAUCCACAAAAGACCGCAAAGUUUUAUCAGAGAAUGUACAGAGAGACAAGGUUUGAGGACGGACAUCUUUGUAUAUAUACACAAGGGAACAAUUGGUAAUAAAAGUGAUUGGCCAUCCCCAACCUUGCCACCCUCUCCAAGACUGGACCAAUCACAAACAUUGACAGUAUUCUCACCAUGGCUGACCGACCAAUGAAAUGACUUGUAAGAAAUAUGCAAAUUGGGCCAAACCAGAGCUGUGCCCAAAGUGAGAUUGAACUUACUGAACAACUGAUUUUGUAUGUUUAGAGUCGAAUAGGUAUACCUGUAGUGGUUUAUAGUGCAUCAGGUCCUAAGGUGGGCACCAAUAUGCAAUAUGUCACAGCAUGAAAGAUGGAAGGAUAUUGAGUUACUGUUUUUUGGUGCUAUAUGUUGCUGUUAAUACAAAGCGUUCUAGUGCAUGUUUUUAAAAAACAUAAUAUGUUAACUGAUUUGUUUUUAUUCAAAUGGAUCCAUUUUCUGCUUUUGAACUUGAAAAAAAAGGUAACAAAUUUAUCUGUAUAUUUUAGAAUUAAAAAUUAAGUUGUUGCUUUUUUCUUUUAUAACUGUCUUUUUUCAUUUCAGUUUUAAUUUUUAAAGCUUAUGCGCUUUCUUGCCUGCAGAAAUAUGCUAAUUACCAAAUGUUCAGUAGGGUAUUUGCAAUGAUUUAAGAAAGUGUCUGUUUUCAUGUAACAUAAUGACUUGAUCUUAUCAGAACCACAUACCAUUUUUGCAUUUUGACUAGUCAGAAUCAGCAGGGAUAGAAUCUCCAAAUAUAUUCUUGUAGAUGCUGAACUUUCACAUUUACAACGUUCUUGUAUAUUUAUAAUGAAUUUGGGAGUGAAUUAAUAUAUUUCACAUAGAAGAUAUUUAUUUAUUUAUUUAUUUAUUCACACGAUGUGCUAUGUCCUCACGUUCUACAGACCAGCCUAUGUUUGUGUUUUACACCAUGUCGUGUGAUCCUUCCUCUUUGACAAGUGUGGUAUUCCAGAAACUGAUGGCACAAUCUGGCAGCUGGGGACUUUUACAUCUUCACAUUUGUUACACACAUCGUGUUGAUAAUUUAUUUCAAUUUAAUUUUAUAAAAGAAGUCUCUUUCAUUGUGAAACCCAUAGUUUGUCAGUUUAGGUCAUGUCAAGGGUCUUUAAGGGCCUUCUUCAGUUGAUAUUGCAGUCAGCUCUUUCACUCCGAUAUAAUACUCCCUGCAUAUGAUUCGAUACCUCCUGGAUCCGAUUCGAUACCUCCUGGAUCCAAAUCAAUACCACCUAGAUCCGAAUCGAUACCUACUGGAUCCGAAUUGAUACCUCCUGGAUCCAAAUCAAUACCACCUAGAUCCGAAUCAAUACCUACUGGAUCCGAAUUGAUACCUCCUGGAUCUGAAUCGAUACCUCCUGGAUCCGAGACGAUACCUCCUGGAUCUGAAUCGAUACCUCCUGGAUCCAAAUCGAUACCUCCCUGCAUAAAAACCUGACAUCUCCCUAUUAGGAGGCUGUGUCAGGCGAAGUUUUUAAUAAACAAAUCAGUGUCAAGGCUUAUAAAUUCUCACUAAAGUGUGUGAAUCAGAAUACCUGAUUUCUGUAUCUCAAACACUAACUUAAUUGGCCAGUUCAGAAUGUAAAUACUAAAGUCUUUGUUGUCAUGUUGUUGUGGAGAUUUUAUACAAUCUGUCAUUUCUGAGCAUCACCUUGACCCAAAAUGAGUACUAGAUUUGUGUGGUGUUGUGUUUGCAAUAUGUUAAAAGUUCCCAAAUUUGGGGGUUUGGAAAUGAAACGAAAUUGUUAAAAAGAAAUUACUUCUGAUUAGUGCAAGAACCUGUGCAUACUUCAUUUAGAUUGGGUGGUCGAAGUUAACUCCAAAUUUCACCUGACGUGACGUUCUAUAUAAGGGUUUUAGAUCCUCAUGCAGUAAGGUAUUGUAUCAAGGUUGUGAGGUUGUUAUUUAUGAGAUUGGGUCGGAGUUACUAUUCAGUAUUCUUGUAUUCCAGACUCCUUCCUGACUAUUUCCAUAUGACAUGCUCAUGAUAUCAACCUCUAGUUUGAUAGUCAAGGUAUGGUUACUUUACAGUUGCAUAAUUCAGCUGUACUAUUGCUAAAACAACACUCCCAAAACCACUCACUCAUUCCAUAAAACCUACAGAUUUUAGUUCAUCAAAUAAUAGAUUACAUUCUUGGAUAAAAAUGUUUUGAUUUGGUGGGUUUUGGGGUGAAAAAAACAAAAGUGAGGUGAAUAGAAAAACGAUAUUAUCUCUUUCUUCAUACCACAUCUGUCAAAGAGAAGAAACUAGUCAUAAUAUAUUCUGUUUACAUCUGUAUCUUUUAAUCCUGUGAUAUUUGUUUUACUCACGUCAACUGCAGGAGCAGACAUCGAACCAUUUGUUUCACAUCCGGAGUCAUUCAUUGUCUGGUGUUACUUAACGUACCUAAUGCUCAAACUCAAACAUUGUUGUCGACUUGAGUUGAAGACACUAUUUACCAUUGAAAUGUAUGGCUUGUCUUCAGGCUGGGUGGGUGUCUUUCAUCACGGGUGGAAUAAACACAUUUUAUUACCCGGGUAGAAUUUGUACUCAUCACGAUGGUAAACUUUUAUCGAAGGAAUUUACUAAGAAUGAAUAAGCAGCAAAGGGGUACCAGGUAGGAUGAAAUGGCGCCGAACAGGUAGCUUAUCACAUCACAGAGUCAAAAUAUCAGGCAAAAUUCACUGACAAAGUAUUCAAAGUAGAUACACGGGUGAGAUUGGGUAGCAGUUGUAUGGGUACCCGGAAGAGAUUGGUAGCAGUUGCAUGGGUACCCGGAAGAGAUUGGUAGUAGUUGCAUGGGUACCCGGAAGAGAUUGGUAGUAGUUGCAUGGGUACCCGGAAGAGAUUGGUAGCAGUUGCAUGGGUACCCGGAAGAGAUUGGUAGUAGUUACAUGGGUACCCGGAAGAGAUUUGUAGUAAUUGCAUGGGUACCCGGAAGAGAUUGGUAGUAGUUACAUGGGUACCAGAGAGUUGGCCCCCUUCCUAGUCCAUGACUGUGAUGUUUCUUAUAGGGUACAGAAUAAGUUGCGUGGUCAUGUUCCAAUUCAUAUGUACACUACUUAACAGAAGUUAAAGAACACCCGAUGUUUUCAUAAGACUAUAGUAAAUCUGUCAUGCCAUGAAAAAUCGUAAGUCGUGAGUCGUAAAUAAGUAAUAUGGCCAAGUUAUGUGUUGUAUACAAGAACUGCUGUCUCCAACACGACAUCUGCUGGUAUUUAUUGGUGCAGCCUUUAGCCACUAGCCCAAUGCCUUAGGCCAGUAAAAUUCUGUUGGAUCUAGUAAGCUCAGGUAAUAAUAAUAAUAAUAAUAAUAAUAAUCAACUGAAAAUGAUACUGAGAAAGGAAUAUUUAUUAAAGAUUUCCGUCAUGUUCGGACACUCCUCUACGCGACAGUCCAAGUCGUGCAGUAAGUACAGGCUCAUACCAACAGACAUCCCUCAAGCAGAGCUACCAUACUCCAGUUACCUUGGUUACAGUCUCCAUGGUAACUGAUGCUGAGUGAUUCCAUGUGACAGCUGUGAUAAAUUAGUUAUGUUAUUUUCAUGUACCACAAAACCCCUGUCACCAAGACAGAUCAGUGACAUGAAAUGCUCAAUUUCAAGAGAAGUACUAUUUGAAAGAUGAAAUUUCUUUCUUUUGAAAAAAGAAAUGAGAUUAAAUUAUUAUUAUUUGUAUCAGCCCCUGCCCCUUUAAAACCCAUCCUCAUGGAGUGGUUUAGGCACGCUGUUCUUACUGAGACAAAAAGUCAGACCCAGCCUUAUUGAUGUAGAGGAGAGCCUCUUUAAGAACACAUCACAGGAGUGGACUGAUUCUAGCCAGGUUAUAGUCACCUUGACCUUGACAAAAGUUGAGCACCUCUUACUAUAUAUUUCCAUAUAAAAUAGCCAUUUUUUAAAUUGUAUCCUGUAUUAAUUUUUUUUACUUACAGAAACAGGAAUCGAUUUUGCAUGACCUGUUUUUAAACUUUACCAUAGUUUUUCUACCACCCUUUUCUUCUUGGCAUCAUGGGAAAUGACCCUGUCCUUGCGACCAUCGUGAGGAACGUACCAACUUACUGCAGGUAUUGGCGGCAUCAAAGACAUUUAUCAAAGUGAGAUCAAUGUCACGUGUAGAUAUUUCCAAACAUACAUGGGAAUUCAGAAUAUCUGAAAAAAAGAAGGGGUGGGGCUUAUUUUUUUCUCAGGUUAUAUUGGAAUAUCUGUAUGGUGUAUAUUUGAAUACCUGUAUGGUGUAUAUUUGAAUACCUGUAUGGGGUAUAUUUGAAUACCUCCAUGGGGUAUAUUUGAAUAUACCUGUAUGGGGUAUAGUUGAAUACCUGUAUGGGGUAUAUUUGAAUACCUGUAUGGGGUAUAUUUGAAUACCUCCAUGGGGUAUAUUUGAAUACCUGUAUGGGGUAUAUUUGAAUACCUGUAUGGGGUAUACAGUAAACUAUGUUUAUAACGAACUGACGGAUAUAUAGAACUGUUCUUUUGGUCACGUCCAUUUGCCAUAUAUUUUAUCAUAUAAAGUUGACUGAUAUAACGAACAUGCUCAUAACGAAAUAAUGGACAUAGUGAACUCACCUUGUGGUCUCGCGUGUACUCUGUCAACGAUAAUGUUUAAGUGGAUAACGAACUGUUAAUUCUUGAGCUGAGCGUGUAACGUGUCACCAAUCUGCCUACCAAAACAUCUGCGGCCAAACGCUGUUAUUCAAAGCCUCAAUCAACAAUUGAAGGCAAGUGAUUUACUUUUAAGCACUGACAACUUGUCUUCAAAUUGCACCCUCAAUUAACAAUAGUAACACAGUGAUUGAAGUGGAUAUAUUCUGUACAUGUACAGUGCACACUUUUGUUAUUUAUCGAGUGAGAUGUCUCGUGACUUGAUAAAAGAUGUCUGACGGUCGAAAUGCGUGUAAUGAACCACGGAUAUAACUAAAAUUAGUGGUCCCUUUGAGUUCGUUAUAACCGUAGUUUACUGUAUUUUAAUACCGGUAUGGGGUAGUAUUCAAUCUUGUUAAAACCAUUCACUUAUUGUACCUGGAAAUGAUGGCAACAAAUUCAUUUGAUAAAUCUAAGCAUUAUGGUCGUGAAGAUGGGAACUGUCAUUGUAUGCUUUUAUUGGACGAUGUUUUAGCAGACCUUUAUUCUGCCGGUGUAAUGCACACUAUAGACCCUUGUGUUGAUUGUUGAUUUUUACAUUUUCUUCUUUUAUACUUUAGUGCUGGAAACUAACACAUUGUACGUCCUUGUAAAGGAUUAACCAUGAAGAGAUAUUUACAUUGCAUGUUCAUACUUUUGUAUGAAAUCAGUGUUUAUGUUUCCAUAUGAGAGGCUGUCAAAGUUUUUAAUCAAAACAUUUGUUUGCUAUUCAAGAUGUAUAUUGACAGGUUGUGGUUACAAUCAGGUAGCCUUGCAUAGAUUAAUCUGGAAAAUAAGGCCUGUCCCAGUUUGUUUCUUAAGUAUUAAUUUGACAUUGUAAAAAAAAACGAAAAAACAAAUGCAGUUUGAUUUAAGUCAACUUGCUUAUUUUAACCUCUUUUUGUUUUGAGAGAGGCUGGCUAAGAAAAUAAUCAAGUUGCGCAAAUAAUAAGCGACAUUUGUGAAAUGAUAUCCAAAAUUUGUUUUUAUUUUCCUUUAGAAAUGGUUAUUACUUUAUUUGCAUAAUCUCUAAAAAUAUCUCUUUCUUUUUCUCUCCUGAAAUAACAUUGGUCCUGUGUAAUUGAAUGAAAACAAUGUUGCUUUACCUUUUGUGAAUACUGCACAUUCAUGUCCAUCCUGAUUCAUCAAGAAGAUUUUUGGUUUAAAUGGCUUUUAUCUGGAUUGGUUGUUAGGCAACAAAGAAACCCGGGGACCAAAAUGUCACGGUGUGUUCUCCCCAGCAGCUAUACUGACAAGAGGGCAGGGCAUUUCUCUUACAAACACUUUAAGAGAAAUGACUUAAUGAUGUCAAUAGUUCAAGGUUAUUGACAAAUCGAGUUGUCUCGAUUUUCAUGUAUUCUCGCUUUUAGGUUUCAUUGUUUUUAGCUGAUGCUGUUAUCAUAUUUUGUACGUCUCUUGGAUAGAAUCAGAUAAAGUUUGACUGAAAUGAUGUUUCAUAGUGAAAAUUUGUUUUAAUUUCAGAUAGGUUUAUUGAAUAGGUUUGUUAUAAAAUGGUGAACUGUGUGUAAUAUACACUGCUCACCUGUAGGAUAUUCUUGUAAGUGAAAAAGAAGAAAUUCUAGAUUGUAUAUGAGUUAGUUUGAGAGAUUUUAAAUUUAUCUAGGAACUGUAUCAUCGGUCAGACUGGCUCAAGACCAAAACAGAUACACCUUUCAAAUUCACCAAUAGUUCUUUAUAUAUAGAAAGUGUACUCCUGUUUUUUAUGAUACCCUUUUUUAUCUCAAAAAUAAAGUAAAAAAAUGUUUAACCGUAAUUAAUUGAUAAUCACUUCAUUAAUAAAGUUUAUGUAUUGAAUUUAGCAUUGAACCCUUUACUCCAAGCCAACCAUUGGAUUCUUGAUCAUGUGUUGUGACUGGUUGUGUGAGUUAUCUCCCCUGAAUUGUGAUAGUGCAGUGGGACUAACUGGUAGAUGUCGUGUGUUGUUGAUACUCAUGUACAGAACCUGCUCUGUGUUGUCAUGGUGAUGUACUGUGUGGAUGGGUGAAGGAACCUGUUAGUAGGACACUGCUAGCCGAGCCGUGAUACAAAGAAUUAUUUAGUGUUGUUAUUAAUGUGACGACAAAAGAUUGGGGAAUUUUUUUACUUAUAGUGGGAGAAUAAAUUUUGUAAAAUAUAUAUUUAGUGUCAUUUAUUGUCAGUAAUAAAAAAGUCUAAGUUUAAUAAAAGAAAUAUUAUGUAUUUUUUAAAUUUUUAUUUUUUUAAUUUUUUGGGGUGUGUGUCUGUUACAUGGGGCACUUUUAAUCCAGUUUUAAUUUAAUUUAAAAUAAAGGCUAGCAGUGAUUUUUCCAAGGUUGAAAUUUUCAUCUUGAGUGUGGUAUGGCAGUCUGCAGCUUUUUUGUGGAUGAUUGUAUUCCCAAUGUACAAAGUUUGUAUAGAAUGGUCACCUGUUUGAAACCAAUCAUAAUCUUUGUACCUCGGCCACUGAUGCAAGGAUCAAUUUGAUUGGUCCAUGAUGUAUAGCACUUGACAUGUAUGUUGGUGUAUGUGAUUGCUUUUCUCACGAGUACUUCCAGAGAAUCCUUCGAUACAUGAUCUGUCAAAAAUGUUUUUAUUUAACCUCUUCCUGGUCUGUAGAAGUUGUCGGACUUGAAACAACUGCUCCCUUGAUGUGCUAAUGUGAUGAUGUACCUGGAAGUGACAACAUUGUGGUAGCUUUAUUGUGUUGAACAUGUCAAGUGUGUUUCAAGAUAUACAAGUUGAGUGAACCUCAAUCUCAUGAAAAUUGGAUCUUUUAUUCGUAUUUGAUAAAUCUGUCAAGACCUUACAUACUUUUGCAGGAGGGAUGUAAGGUGAACAUUCUAAUCAGCUUAGAAUCUUUGUAUGUGUUUAUCUCAAAAAUGAAUGUAAACAGACAGUUCCGAAUGGAGGAUAAAAAAAGUCUUUGUAUUUUAAAUUUUACACCAUCAUUUCUAAUUGCUGUUGUAUCUACACCUAAAGUGAUAAUCUGCGUAGGGUUUCUUUUGUUCAGAUAGAAAUCUCUAAAUCAGGGAACAGAAAUUUACCUAGCAAAUGCUUCUUAUGACAUAUCGUGUUGACAGAAUAAAGAAUGUAGUGAAGCCAAAUGUUUGACAAAUCUUAUAUUUGAUUGGUUCAAAACUCAAAACAACAUUCAGUUUAACUAGGCAGUCGAAAGUUCACCCGUCGUGACCUUGUAUUGAAGGUGUGACACCAUGAGAGGGGUAUCAACUCGGUAAAAGAUCGGAUUUAAGUGAGAUUUAAUGUAUGAGAGUUUUCAUAUUGUACCACAUUUUACUUGUAUGUGCCAACUUUGAUGCCGAUGUUGACAAACUUGACAUGACGAACCAAUUUCAUCAAGUUAGAAAACCAUAACCUUUUGACCAGUACCCAGAUUAGAAAAUGUUUAAUCUCUUGCUCUUUAAUCAUUUCUACAUGUUUCAAGUAAAUCUUAAUGUCAUCACCAAUUUUAAAGGAAUUUAAUUCUUUUAUUCGUAAUGCCAGAUUCCUGUGCCAAGUUGGGCGGUGUUUCUCAUGCCAACAUAACUCCCCUUCUUGAAGGUCUCGAGGGUGUGUAAGUUGCAUUUCGCCAUUGUACAUUGCCACAGACCAAUGAGGGCAGCCAUGUGUACAUUUCACACCACAUUCAGCCAUGUCUAGUGGCUCCGUGACCAAGUUGCUCGUCAAUAGCAAUAUGUAUGUCCCGACAACCGCUAUGUAGUACUAGUGCUUUGCCUGGCCAGUUUGCUGCGACCCCACUGUACAGCACCGUGCACUGAAUGUACAGAGCUGUCACUCCCCCACCAGGCGGACGACGGCCUCUCCUCUCCAGCUGAAGAUUGUCUUGUUUUUUAACACUGACUCAACGAUAUUCCAGACUUAUGAUAGCGGCAUGUAAAUAAACGAAUCUGGACCAGACAAUCCUGUGAUUGAUAUUGUGAGCAAUGAUCCGCGCUGUCCAAGUCACCAAGCCUCACCCGAUCCGUUUUGUCAACUCUGACAACCAGCUUACCUUGCUGGGGGCUUGUUUCAACCCGGAAUAACAGGACUCAGAAUUGUCACAUGCAAUUCUCCUUGGAGGGGAAAGGCAGUGGGUAGCCCAUUAGGUUUAAAUGUCACUCAUUUAGAUCAGGUUUAGCUUGUUUAAACAUAUUUUAUUCACUCUGAAAUGGAUUGGGAACAAGUCAUCCAAGUUAGGACUCCCUCUCCAUGGUAUUUACAAGGUUGUAUAGUUAAUCAUACACAAGAUAAUUAGUGUUAAGAUAUACUGUAUUCAAUGUAAUAAGUGCCCCGCUCUAAUAAGCGCCCACGGCGAUAUUUGCUAAUGUAUUGGCUAGUGAACAAUCCCAAAUAGCACCCCUUCUGAUAAAUCAAUGUGCACAAGACUUAUUUAUUCGUGUAUAAUACGCACUCGUGUGUUAUAUGCACCCUAAACUAUGGGCAAUUAAAUCCUGGAAAAAUAUAUAGUCUUAUAUAAACAUUUCAGGCUGUCAGCAAAAACCACGAAAUUUUCGAUCUUUCAACCUUUUUCUUAUUUUGAGAGCGCCCUGGGUGCUUAUUAUGUCGAAUACGGUUAAAGAAAGACAAGUAUUGACUAUAGACUAUAUAGUAUAGACUAGACAUUGAUGAUGUUGAUUUUCGAUAAUGAAAAGAUAAGUUCCCAGAAUAUAAGUUGCUCAUUGUGGAAUUUUUCAUAAUUCUAUUUAUUUUUUCCCCUUUUGAGACAGUAAUCUUGUAAUAAUGUUUCAUGGCAAAUUGUUGUCAGUUCUUCUUAAUUCGUCAAAAAUCAGUGGUGAUCACUGAGGAUUCCGGGUUAGCAGCCUCUGCUUGUUAUGAGGGGCGGUCGGGUAGCCUAGUGGUUAAAGCGUUCGCUCGUCACGCCGAAGACCCGGGUUCGAUUCCCGACAUGGGUACAAUGUGUGAAGCCCAUUUCUGGUGUCCCCCGCCGUGAUAUUGCUGGAAUAUUGCUAAAAGCGGCGUAAAACCAUACUCACUCACUCACUCACUGCUUGUUAUGAAGGGCGACUACGGUAGAAGUGGUCAGGCUAGGCGACUUGCCCCGAAGGUGAAGGACAUUGCUCAUUAUAUCCACUGGUUUAUCUGGUCAAGACUGGAUUAUAUUCCGACUGCCGUCAUCAUAUCGCUGGAACAUUGCAGAGUGCAGCAUUAAACUGGAAACAAUCGGGGUACUGGGUAGCUUUGGGUACGAUGUGUGCCGCCCACCUCUGUGUUACCAGCUGAAGGUGUGGACCAGGCGGUGGCCGCCAUCCCCUGGUGGAGGUUGUACAUGUUGAUAGCUGUAGUCGACUCUGGUGAUCAGAUGUAUAUUUUGAAGUUCAUCCCUAACAACAACACUGAAGUGCAAUCUCAUGGUAAAUAAAAUUUGUACAAAUGAG